UUACAAAAAGUUGGCAACAUCAUAUUAUAUAAUAUAUGUAUAUGUCUGUUACUUUUAUUUUCUCGUUAUGUUACUAUAACGACGUUGUUCUUUUUCCAUGCAUUAGACAUCAUAUUUUAAUAUGUGAAUAUUAUUUUUUUAUAAUACUACAUUGUACAGCAAUGUGUGUAAAGUGGUUGACAAUAAGUAGGAUUUUUUUUAAGGGGGGACAGUCAUCGAAUGACUGCUCCCGCCUAGGUGAGGCGGGAGGGAGUGUCAGACUCUUACUGACUAAAAACCACCCCAUUCCUUCUCCUGCACGUCGAGCCGGAGCCCCGGUUACCCGUUAG